CAACGUUGCUAGGCGACCGCAUGGCGCUGGAAUGCGGCGUUGCUAGGAGACAGCACGAUACAACGCCAUUGUUGGGUGAAGGCGCGGGCCAUGGCAGCGUUGCUAGGCGAUGGCGCGGUACUGCACUGCGGCGUUGCCAGGCGACAGCUCGGUACUGCACUGCACGGUACCGUUGCCGGGCGACGGCUCGGUACUGCUCUGUAGCGUUGCCGGGCGACGGCUCGGUACUGCACUGUGGCGUUGCCAGCGACGGCUCGGUACUGCACUGCGGCGUUGCCGGGCGACGGCUCGGUACUGCACUGCGGCGUUGCCGGGCGACGGCUCGGUACUGCACUGCGGCGUUGCCGGGCGACGGCUCGGUACUGCACUGCGGCGUUGCCGGGCGACGGCUCGGUACUGCACUGCGGCGUUGCCGGGCGACGGCUCGGUACUGCACUGCGGCGUUGCCGGGCGACGGCUCGGUACUGCACUGCGGCGUUGCCGGGCGACGGCUCGGAGCUGCACUGCGGCGUUGCCGGGCGACGGCUCGGAGCUGCACUGCGGCGUUGCCAGGCGACGGCUCGGAGCUACACUGCGGCGUUGCCAGGCGACGGCUCGGUGCUGCACUGUGGCGUUGCCAGGCGACGGCUCGGUGCUGCACUGUGGCGUUGCCAGGCGACGGCUCGGUGCUGCACUGUGGCGUUGCCAGGCGACGGCUCGGUGCUGCACUGUGGCGUUGCCAGGCGACGGCUCGGAGCUACACUGCGGCGUUGCCAGGCGACGGCUCGGUGCUGCACUGCGGCGUUGCCAGGCGACGGCUCGGUGCUGCACUGUGGCGUUGCCAGGCGACGGCUCGGUGCUGCACUGUGGCGUUGCCAGGCGACGGCUCGGUGCUGCGCUGUGGCGUUGCCAGGCGACGGCUCGGUGCUGCGCUGUGGCGUUGCCAGGCGACGGCUCGGUGCUGCGCUGUGGCGUUGCCAGGCGACGGCUCGGUGCUGCGCUGUGGCGUUGCCAGGCGACGGCUCGGUGCUGCGCUGUGGCGUUGCCAGGCGACGGCUCGGUGCUGCGCUGUGGCGUUGCCAGGCGACGGCUCGGUGCUGCGCUGUGGCGUUGCCGGGCGACGGCUCGGUGCUGCACUGUGGCGUUGCCGGGCGACGGCUCGGUGCUGCACUGUGGCGUUGCCGGGCGACGGCUCGGUGCUGCACUGUGGCGUUGCCGGGCGACGGCUCGGUGCUGCACUGUGGCGUUGCCGGGCGACGGCUCGGUGCUGCACUGCGGCGUUGCCGGGCUACGGCUCGGUACUGCACUGCGGCGUUGCCGGGCGACGGCUCGGAGCUGCACUGCGGCGUUGCCGGGCGACGGCUCGGAGCUGCACUGCGGCGUUGCCGGGCGACGGCUCGGAGCUGCACUGCGGCGUUGCCGGGCGACGGCUCGGUGCUGCACUGCGGCGUUGCCAGGCGACGGCUCGGUGCUGCACUGCGGCGUUGCCAGGCGACGGCUCGGUGCUGCGCUGUGGCGUUGCCAGGCGACGGCUCGGUGCUGCAAUGGGGCGUUGCCGGGCGACGGCUCGGUACUGCACUGCGGCUUUGCCGGGCGACGGCUCGGUGCUGCACUGCGGCGUUGCCGGGCGACGGCUCGGUGCUGCACUGCGGCGUUGCCGGGCGACAGCACGGUACGGCAUCGAGGCGUUCCUAGGCUACGGCAUUGGGGCGCACGCGGCGCUUGCGGCGGCGCUUUUCGGCCGCCUCGAGUAACUUCUGGUAGUAGUCGUCGCCAUCUUUGGGCACGUUGACCACCUUCUCGCAGCCCUCGCCACCGGCGGCCGUGGGGCAGUUGGCGG